UUAAUUACAUAAACUAUAUUACGGAGGCAGAAUGGAUUACAAAAUGAUAUGAUGCGCGUUAACGGCAUUAGUCGGAUUUCGUUAAGAUGGCCGCCUCCAGUGCAGUGAUAUCUAUGUCCAAAAUCAUUAAACCCAUUUGGGGUGGACGGUUGGCAACGACAGCAAAAAAAGACCCAAAGGGACUCAACGACCACAUGAACCACACGUUGAGUUAUCUAACGCCCUAUCCUGUUCUUCUGUUUCCUGAGGUGUUUGGAGCCACAGUGAGCAGUCGCAGAGAGAAGUCAACAGUAGGACAAAUCAUUCCCCCUCCUGCGAAGUAUGGUGGCAGACACACUGUAACUCUGAUACCUGGAGAUGGUAUUGGACCAGAAUUGCUCAAUCACGUAAAGGAGCUCUUCAGGUUCAGCUGUGUACCUGUGGACUUUGAGGUUGUGAACGUCAGCUCAGCUACCGAGGAUGACAUCAACAACGCCAUCACAGCCAUCCGCCGUAACGGAGUGGCCCUCAAAGGUAACAUUGAGACCCUCCACACCCUGCCUGCUUCCCACAAGUCCAGAAACAACCUCCUCCGCACCAGUCUGGACCUGUAUGCCAACGUCAUGCACUGUAAAUCCCUCCCUGGAGUUCAGACUCGCCACAACAACAUUGACAUCAUGAUCAUCAGGGAGAACACUGAGGGAGAGUACAGCAGUCUGGAGCAUGAGAGUGUAUCAGGGGUGGUGGAGUGUCUCAAGAUCAUCACCCGGACUAAUUCCCUGAGAAUCGCUGAGUAUGCCUUUAAAUUGGCCCGGGAGAAAGGUCGCAAGAGGGUCACUGCAGUUCACAAGGCCAACAUCAUGAAGCUGGGAGAUGGUCUGUUCCUGCAGUGCUGUCGAGAGGUGGCUGCUGGGUACCCUGACAUUGCCUUCGACGCCAUGAUAGUCGACAACACCACCAUGCAGCUGGUGUCUAAGCCCCAGCAGUUUGACGUUAUGGUGAUGCCCAACCUGUAUGGUAAUGUGGUUAGCAAUGUGUGUGCUGGCCUGGUGGGGGGACCAGGGCUGGUGCCAGGGGCCAACUAUGGCCGUGACUAUGCUGUCUUCGAAACGGCCACCAGGAACACAGGGAAGAGUAUUGCUGACAAGAACAUUGCUAACCCCACUGCCAUGCUACUGGCCAGCUGCAUGAUGCUAGAUCACCUCAAGCUCCACGAUUAUGCCACUAUGAUCAGGAAUGCAGUCCUUACGACCAUGAACGAGACUCGGUUGCACACAGCUGACAUCGGGGGGCAGGGCACCACCUCUGAGGUGGUUCAGGCGAUCAUGAGAAACAUCCAGAGCAAGGGGCCUCUCACCAGCGAGCUCUGAACACGCACUUCGACCACACACAUCAAGUCAAUGCUGCUGGAUAACAUACAAAUCCUUGGUGUGUCUCGUAUAUUUGAACAACUGUGUGCCGUAUGAGAGAGUGGGGGUGUGUUUGUGCAUGUUUAUUUCCAUAGUAAUGCUCCUCCGUCUUGCCUGUAAAAACACACACACACACACACACCCCCUUUCAGACGAAUUCAUCACUUUACAUUUGUACAGUUUAGUCAUUUAGCAGACACUGUUAUCCAGAGCAACUUAUAGUAGUGAGUGCAUACAUUUUCGUACUAGUCCCCUGUGGGACUCGAACCCAAAACCCUGGUGUUGCAAGUGUUAUGCUCCACCAGCUGAGCCACACUGGACCAUGUUAUCUAAUCCUCUGCAUGCCUUUCAUUCAUUUAUUCAUUCAUUCAUUCAUGUCUUUCAGUGUUAUUUCAAUUUAACACCAUUCUGUCUUUCCAUAACCAUUCCCUGGCUGUUUCAAGCACAUUUAACAUUUGAGUGUAAACAAAGGAAGUAGGAGGCUCAAGCUGCAUCUGUAAUAGCAUGCUGUAGUGAAGUAGUAACAGCUAGGAUCUGUCUCUUGGAUUUAACUGCAGCACUUUAUAGCUACUCUCUGCUAGGUUCAUCCUACAUCCCAGCACAUGAUGGCCUAGACAGCAACACCUCCAGCUCCACUUAAACGUAUUGUAUGCAGAUAAUGUGUUUGUGUGAUUUAUAUUUGAGCGACUGUUUCUUAGGUAUAUCGGUUCACUGCAGACUUUUGAGACUUGAAACGGUUAUACUGUCGACCUAUUUUCCUAAUUGCGAUUUAUCGUACAGUAGAAAAGAAAGUGUGUAAACGGUUAUGUUUCUUACGGUACUGCAAUGUUGCUGAAAGAUUAUAUACGGUUUUAUGUUCUUCUCGCAGUCCAGCGCUUAGCUUUACGUCUACAGGUAGCCUGGCGGGUAGAAGCGCUGAUUGAGGGGUUGGGUUAAAUUUUCAGUUGAAUGAUUUCAGUUGCACAACUGACAAGGUAUCCCACCCUUUCUCUGUUUCAAAUCAGUUUAUUUGUGACGUGCGCCGAAUACAACAGGUGUAGUAGACCUUACAGUGAAAUGCUUACUUACAGGCUCUAACCAAUAGUGCAAAAAAGGUGUUAGGUGAACAAUAGGUAA